AUGAUUACUGUGAUCAUGAGUGCAAUAUACUUUUUCACAUUUAAAGGAUUUUUAGUGAGCAGAAUUAUUUUACCAAAUUCAAAAUACAAAUCAAAGGAUCAUUCAUGGCUCCAUGAAUCAUCGGAUCCGAUGAUCACUAGAAAAUCUCAAUCUUCAGACACAUUACGUCAUUCCAAUUUAAAUAUUAUCAUUCUACUUAUUGAUGCAUUACGAUUUGAUUUCUAUGACAAGUUACCAUAUUUAUCAAAAUUAAAAUCUAAAUAUCCAGAACAUACAAGAGUAUUUAAAUUUGUUGCUGAUGCACCCACUACUACCAGUCAACGAUUGAAAAGUUUAACGACAGGUUCAUUACCAACUUUUUUAGAAGCUUUAUAUAAUUUUAAUAGUGAACAAGUCAUUGAAGAUAAUUUAAUUUCACAGUUAAAAACUUUCAAUUCCAAUGUUGUGGUUUUGGGAGAUGAUACUUGGAAAUAUUUAUUUAACACAUCCAUGUAUUUUAAUACUCACUAUUUAUAUCCAUCGUUUAACGUUUGGGAUCUUCAUACAGUCGAUAAUGGAAUUUUACAACAUUUAAAUUCUGAAUUGGAAUCUUUUCAAAAAAGUGAAAAUCAGAGAAAUAUGUUGAUUGCACAUUUCCUUGGUGUGGAUCAUUGUGGUCAUCGAUAUGGUGUGAAUCAUUUAGAAAUGGAUUUGAAAUUACAACAAAUGAAUGAAAUGAUUGAAAAUGUAACAAAAUCCAUGGUUCGAAAUGAUACCAUGAUUUUAAUAUUUGGAGAUCAUGGAAUGAAUGAUAAUGGAGAUCAUGGAGGAAAUUCAAAUCUCGAAGUAGAUUCACUUCUUUUUGUGUAUUCUCCAUUUCAAGAAUUAUUUGACAAUAAUUUCAUGUCUAGUUCAACAAAUGACAGUACUACAACAACAACUCAUACUACUUUCAUGAAUGUUACUACUACUACUAUUAUUCCUACUUCAAUACCUCAAAUUGAUCUCGUUCCAACAUUAAGUCUUCUUUUAAACAUUCCAAUACCUUUUGUGAAUUUAGGUAAAAUAAUACCCACCAUGAUUCCAAAGAAAUGGAUGAUGCAACCCAAAGAUCGUCUCAUGAUGAUACAAGAAAAUGCUCAUCAAAUGUAUCAAUAUAUUGAAGAAUAUUUAACUUUGGAUCAUUCCUUUAUUGGUCGUGAAGAAUGGAAACGAAUUCAAAAUCAUUUUCAACAAGCCAAUGAACAAGUCGCUUCUUUCAUCUCUCCAAAACAACAUGAACAACUCAACUACAAACAUUAUGAAAUAUUUAUUGAAGAGAUUGUGAAAGUGUGUCGAGAGAGUUGGGCAACUUUUAAUAAUUUCUAUUUAUAUAUAGGAAUGGGAUUAUUGAUUGGAACAUUACUAUUAUUAGUAUUGGAACAUUUGAGUCUCAUCCAUGAAAUGAUGUCCUACCCAUUUUCAACCAUACCUCUCAUGAGUGUCAUUGGUUCUGGUGUGCUCAUGGUUCUAUUCAAACUCGUCAUGAAAUAUAAUGAUGAAUGGAUGUCCUCUCAUAAUAAUAAUACUACUACUACUACUACUACUACUAGGACCAUGUAUGAUUUAUUAAUUGCACCAUUCUCCAAACAAUAUGAAUACUAUGAAAUGAUUCACAUCAUUCUUUGUUUUUUCACACUUUUAUUUGGAAUUUAUGAAAGAUUCAUUCAUGUCAUGAAAAUCUAUCCAACUCGAGUACAAACAUGGAAUUUACUUUCCAACUUGUCGACAUGGAUUGAUUUGAUUUGUGUGAUUUUAUACUCGAUUAGUUUAUUUUCAAAUAGUUUUAUUAUUUAUGAAGAUCGAAUGGUGAAUUAUUUAUUAAUAUUUCGAGUGAUUUUAUUCUAUUUCUUUCAAGUGAAUUAUUUGAAACCAAAACGAAAUGCAUCAACGACUGUUAGAACGACGAUUCAUACUACUUCUCCACGAACCAAUUUCAUGACAAGUUCAACCAAUAAUUCUCACAUCACAUGGAAUGUCAUGAUUCUUUUAAUAUUAUUGAAUCAAUCAAGCUCCAUGAUUCGAUACAGAUAUCAUUCAAGUUCAUUCAUUGAUGAUAAUUUCACAUCGAUUAUUUUUUCAAAUCAUUUCCUCAUGAAAUUGAGUUAUUUAAUAAUUAUUUAUUAUAUUUUGAGAGAACAUUUGAAAGGUCGAUGCAAGUAUCUUACAUGCUCCAACAAUCAUGAAUCAAUCAUUUCUUUUGUAAUUUUAAAUAUUUAUUUACCUCUCUCAUUGACUCUCGUAUUGAGUUAUUAUCAAUUUGUGAAUGAGGGUUUUGUGGAAAUUUCAAACAUUAUUGCACAAGGUCUUUAUGCAUUCUAUUUGAUCACAUUGAUUUCUACUUUUAUAGGUUUGAAGAGAUCAUCACAACAACAAGGAAUAUAUUAUACUAAUACUACUACUGCUGAACAACAAGGAACAUAUACUACUACUGAACAACAAGGAAUAUAUACUACUACUACCACUUCUGAUAUCAUGAGUGUUGUAUCAACUGAAAAACGUACAUUCCUUGUCUAUUUCUUUAUCAUUUCUAUGAGUCCAUUAUUGAUCUUGUAUGAUCAUCGAUAUUUAUAUACAUUUGUAAUACUACUUGCACAAUAUCAUUAUUAUCAUGUCAUUACUUGUGGAUCUCUAUUGAAUAUUCGUUCACAACAAAGUCAAAUUAUUGACAUUUUCCUAUUUAGUGUUCAAUCGUAUUUUAGUUUAGGACAUCAAAAUUCAAUGACAACCAUUCAUUGGAAUAGUGCAUUUGUUGGUAUUUCAAAUGCACACAUGAUAUUCUCUGGAAUACUAGUCAUGCUCAAUCAAUUUUCAUUCAAAAUAUUAUUAACUAUAACUUUGAAUUUAUGGAUACAAUCCACUGAUAUCCAUUCUACUAUCAAAAAUAGUAAUAUUACAAGUACUACUACAAGUACUUCAAGUACUAAUAAUAAUACCAAAACAAACCAUACAAAAUUUUCCGAAUCUAAAACUAUUGCACUACAAAAUUAUUGCAAAUUUCUCUUAUUGAAUGUUUGUUUGCUCGUAACAAGUAUGUUAUGUGCAUUUAUUCAACGAAGACAUUUAAUGACAUGGGAUAUCUUUGCUCCUAAAUUCAUGUUUGAUGCUCUUUCUACAUUGAUUGUAUGUGCAUGUAUUGGAGUUGUGAGUUGUAUCAUUUAG